AAUUUAUACUGAAAGUCCAACAACAUGAAUAUCCGCUGUGCUAAACCUGAUGACUUGAUGAGUAUGCAGCACUGUAACUUGCUCUGCCUGCCUGAAAACUACCAAAUGAAAUAUUACUUUUAUCAUGGGCUUACCUGGCCGCAGCUCAGCUAUGUAGCUGAAGAUGAUAAAGGUAAUAUCGUUGGCUAUGUGCUGGCCAAAAUGGAGGAACCUGAACCUGGUGAAGAAAGUAAGCAUGGUCACAUUACGUCAUUGGCCGUAAAACGGUCCUACCGCCGACUUGGCUUAGCACAAAAAUUGAUGAAUCAAGCCUCACAAGCGAUGGUUGAGUGUUUUGAUGCGCAAUAUGUUUCGCUGCAUGUGCGUAAAAGCAACCGCGCCGCCCUAAAUCUCUACACAGAUUCGUUGAAAUUCAAAAUAAUUGAAAUCGAACCGAAAUAUUAUGCCGAUGGCGAAGAUGCUUAUGCGAUGCGUCGUGAUCUUAGUGAAUUUUCAAAAAAAGAAAAUUCCGACGAAUCGGCACUUGAUACGAAAGGCAAUACUGCAGAUGGCGAAAAGGAUAAAAUCAACUAUAGGCAAGUACUCUCGCAUGAUCACAGCGGACAUGAUGGACAUUGUUGCUAAAGCAACUGGAUGUUAGAAUUUAAGGUGCUCCUAUGCAAUUCGGGUAUAAUUUUGUAUUUAUAUAUUUUUCGAAAACUUUAA